AUGAAACAAUUCUUUUGCAGUAAAACUAAGGAUGAGAAUGGCAUACCAGAGUGGGCAAUACUUGAGCUUCAAGGGCUCGUGCAGUCGAAGAAAGACAACUCCUCGGGAGCCACCGUCGCCGGCGACCUUCAUUACUCCAGCCGCAGCGGGCACCCCGUGCUGAUCCUCGGCCACCACGUGCUCAACGGCAAGGAAGUUAAACUAGAACAACCCAUCGCCGUCUUAGAAAAAGUUAUAACCGGCGACCAAACGGGAUACAAAGUGAAAGCUGUCGUUAAGAAGAAACUACUAUUUAAAUCCCGACCCAAGCCUAUAAUAUCAAAUGUUGCGGAUAAAGUGUGA